UCCGUCGUCAGCAACGAACGUGCAAACAGAAAAUACAUCAAAAUGUCAUCUCAACGGAUGCUCUUCUUCCUGGUUCUUAUAGCCAGCGUAGCUAUGACAUUGUCUGCCACGAUAAAACCAAACGACUUGAUCUUAGGUUCACGUUUACCCGGCGAUCAUUUGCUUCAACGUGAAUUCAUCAAAAUACCAUCGAAGAUUAUGCAAGUCGUUAAGCAUAAACAAACGUUCAUUGGUGAUAAUUACAGUAAAAUUACUCAAGUCAAAUUGCUCGAUCAGAACAAGAAAAGUAAUGGUGCUACGGCUGCUAUCGUCAAUGGUGGACCUGGUUUGAGUUAUGUUGGUGUUGAUUUUAAAAGCAAACGUGGACACAGCAUCGAUUUCAUUGUUGAGCUUUAUGGAAGAUGAGCAAGUAUAACGAAGUCUUUGGUGGAUUCGGAAAACAACUUGAAAUUUGUUUUUGAAAUGCUCUAAUAAAAAGUGUUUUAUUUUAAAAUCAUUGCAUUUUAAAACAAGAAUUUCUCUUAAACCUAGCUAAUUUGUAUUUGUCAUUAAAUGUUGAAAAUAAGUUUUCGAAAAAUUUACUUUUAGGAGAGUAAGAUUUGCUCUUAUGGAUUUUGAAGUAGGCGAUAUAUCUUACAAGUUUAAGUUUUUUGUAGAAGUUUUAUGAUUUUUGCAGUGAACGCGACAUUUAUUUAGAUAAAAU